AUGUCAACAAACGUAGAAAGUGGAGCUCUCGACGGAGCCGCCAAGGAGGCAACUGCUGAUGUUGUCCAAAUUGACGUUGAUGGUCCACCUCAUCCUGUUGGUGGGGAAGAAGUGGGCGAGAACGAGCAGCACGAUGUUGAUGAAGAUCUAGACUUGGGAGUAGAUGGUGAUGACGAGAUCAUGGAAAUGCAACAUAAGAUCCAAGAGCUCGAGGAUGAAGCUGAGCGAUUGAGGCAAAUGACGGAGCAAG